AUGAGGGAACUGAGGGAUAUCAAGCGAGAUUUCAGAGCCCUAGGGAUGGCCGUCAAAGGUGUGGGAGCCCAGGUGCAAGUGGUGAGUUUUGCUACAGAACACAACUGGGAUUCUUUAGACUUUUAUGAUGGUGCUGACAACAAUGCUCCAAGGCUUGGAAGUUAUUCAGGGACAACCAUACCUCCACUUCUCAACAGCACGUCAAACAAUUUGUACCUAAACUUUCAGUCUGACAUUAGUGUUUCAGCUGCUGGGUUUCAUCUUGAGUACACAGCUAUAGGUCUGGACUCUUGUCCCGAACCACAGACCCCAAGCAAUGGAAUCAAAAUUGGAGACAGAUACAUGGUUGGAGAUGUGGUGUCUUUCCAGUGUGAUCAGGGUUAUUCUCUACAGGGACAUUCACACAUCACCUGUAUGCCUGGACCAGUAAGAAGAUGGAAUUAUCCAAUUCCAAUAUGUCUAGCACAAUGUGGUGGUGCCAUGUCAGACUUCAGUGGAGUGAUCCUUAGCCCUGGGUUUCCUGGCAACUAUCCCAGCAGUUUGGAUUGCACAUGGACAAUAAGGCUUCCGAUUGGCUUUGGUGUCCAUUUGCAAUUUGUGAAUUUUUCAACAGAGACCAUACAUGAUUAUUUAGAAGUAAGGAGUGGAUCUACAGAAACAAGCACUGUUAUUGGGAGACUAAGUGGUCCUCAAUUACCUGCCUCUCUGUUCAGCACAACUCAUGAAACAAGCUUGUACUUUCACAGCGAUUAUUCACAGAACAAACAAGGAUUUCAUAUUGUGUACCAGGCAUAUCAGCUACAAAGCUGUCCUGAUCCUCGGCCAUUUCGUAAUGGUUUUGUUAUUGGGAAUGACUUUACUGUGGGACAAACUGUUUCAUUUGAGUGUUUUCCUGGAUAUACCUUAAUUGGAAAUUCAGCUCUGACUUGUCUUCAUGGCAUCAGCCGUAACUGGAAUCAUCCUCUGCCUAGAUGUGAAGCUCUCUGUGGAGGAAAUAUAACUGCAAUGAAUGGCACCAUAUAUUCUCCAGGAUACCCUGAUGAGUAUCCAAACUUUCAAGACUGCUUCUGGCUUGUAAGAGUACCACCUGGGAAUGGAAUCUACAUCAAUUUCACAGUUCUCCAAACAGAGCCAAUAUAUGAUUUCAUAACUGUCUGGGACGGACCAGACCAAACUUCUCCUCAGAUUGGACAAUUCAGUGGCAACACUGCAUUAGAAUCAGUCUACAGCACUUCCAAUCAGGUUCUGAUCAAAUUCCACAGUGACUUUACUACCAGUGGCUUCUUUGUACUUAGUUAUCACGCCUACCAACUUCGGGUCUGCCAACCUCCAGCAAAUAUACCAAAUGCUGAAAUUUUGACUGAAGAUGAUGAAUUUGAAAUAGGAGACAUAAUAAGGUACCAGUGUCAACCAGGCUUUACAUUGGUUGGUAAUGAGAUUCUGACCUGUCGACUAGGAGAAAGACUUCAGAUGGACGGAGCACCACCUACCUGUCAAGUGCUCUGUCCAGCCAAUGAAAUGCGUCUGGAUUCAACAGGAAUCAUACUGAGCCCUGGUUAUCCUGACAGCUACCCAAAUCUGCAGAUGUGUGCUUGGACCAUUACUGUAGAAAAGGGUUAUAAUAUCAGCAUGUUCUUCGAGUUCUUCCAGACAGAAAAGGAAUUUGAUAUACUUGAGGUGUUUGAUGGACCAAAUAGUCAUAGCCCAUUGCUCAUUUCUCUCAGUGGGGACUAUUCGUCUUCUUUAAAUAUAACUAGCAAUGGUCAUGAGGUAUUUCUCCGGUGGUCAGCGGAUCAUGGCACAAAUAAAAAAGGUUUCAGGAUAAGAUAUGUAGCUCUCUAUUGUAGCACUCCAGAGUCUCCUCCACAUGGUUUCAUAGUCAGUCAGACAGGUGGGCAGCUCAACAGUAUGGUCCGCUGGGCUUGUGAUCGAGGUUUUCGGCUCAUUGGAAAAAGCACUGCUGUGUGCAGGAAGUCUCCAUAUGGUUAUUAUUCAUGGGAUGUGCCAGUCCCCGCUUGUCAAGCAAUAUCUUGUGGAAUUCCUAAAGCUCCAGUAAACGGUGGAAUAUUAACCACAGAUUACUUAGUUGGCACCCGUGUUACUUACUUUUGCAAUGAUGGGUAUAGACUAUCAUCCAAAGAACUUACUACUGCAGUCUGCCAGCCAGAUGGUACAUGGAGCAAUCACAAUAAAACACCUCGCUGCGUAGUUGUUACAUGUCCGAGCAUCAAUUCUUUCACAUUGGAGCAUGGAAGAUGGAAAAUAGUGAAUGGUUCACAUUAUGAGUAUAAAACAAAAGUAGUUUUCAGCUGUGAUCCAGGCUACUAUGGUUUGGGACCAGCAUCUAUUGAAUGUCUCGCUAAUGGCACCUGGAGUUGGAGAAAUGAGAGACCUUACUGUCAAAUUAUUUCUUGUGGAGAACUUCCAACACCUCCAAAUGGAAAUAAGAUUGGAACUCAAAUCACAUAUGGAUCUACAGCUAUAUUUACUUGUGAUUCAGGAUAUAUGCUAGUUGGCUCUACUGUAAGGGAAUGUCUCUCUUCUGGACUCUGGAGUGGAAUUGAAACCAGAUGUUUAGCUGGCCACUGUGGAAUUCCAGAUCUUAUAGUCAACGGUCAAGUAAUUGGAGAAAAUUAUGGCUAUAGAGACACAGUUGUAUACCAGUGCAGUCCUGGUUUUCGGUUGAUUGGUUCUUCUGUACGAAUAUGUCAGCAAGAUCACAACUGGUCUGGUCAGCUUCCAUCCUGUGUGCCUGUUAGCUGUGGUCACCCUGGCAGUCCAAUUUAUGGAAGAACAAGUGGAAAUGGUUUCAACUUCAACGACGUUGUGACGUUCUCGUGUAACACUGGGUAUGUUAUGCAAGGGCCAAUGAAAGCCCAGUGCCAGGCCAACAGGCAGUGGAGCCAUCCACCUCCCAUAUGCAAAGUGGUCAACUGUUCUGAUCCUGGAAUUCCUGCAAAUUCCAUAAGAGAGAGUAAAAUUGAACAUGGAAAUUUCACAUAUGGCACAGUGGUAUUUUAUGACUGUAAUCCUGGAUAUUUUUUGUUUGGCUCUUCUGUUUUAAUUUGUCAGCCAAAUGGCCACUGGGACAAGCCUCUACCUGAAUGCAUUAUGAUUGACUGUGGCCAUCCUGGCAUUCCUCCUAAUGCGGUCCUGUCUGGAGAUAAGUAUACCUUUGGGUCUACUGUUCAUUAUAGCUGCACAGGUAGACGAUCACUGUUAGGGCAGUCGUCUCGUACAUGUCAGCUGAAUGGACACUGGAGUGGUUCUCUUCCUCACUGCUCAGGUGAUACAGCAGGUUCUUGUGGUGAUCCAGGUAUCCCAGGUCAUGGUUCUAGGGAAGAGAACAGUUUUAAAAUUAAAAACACAGUACAUUUCAGCUGUGACAUUGGGUAUAUUCUGCAUGGUUCAGAAGAAAGAACAUGUAUGGCAAAUGGAAGCUGGACAGGAAGACAACCUGAGUGCAAAGCUGUACAGUGUGGUAAUCCAGGGACAACCGCUAAUGGAAAAGUAUUUCGUAUAGAUGGAACUACAUUCUCUAAUUCAGUAAUUUAUUCAUGCAUGGAAGGCUAUGUACUUUCUGGAUCGUCUGUACGACAAUGCACUGCCAAUGGAACGUGGUCUGGAUCCUUGCCAAACUGCACAAUUAUCAGUUGUGGAGAUCCAGGAAUUCCAGCCAAUGGUAUGAGAUAUGGUGAUGAUUAUGUUGUUGGACAAAAUGUUACAUAUAUGUGCCAACCUGGAUAUACAAUGGAAUCAAAUAGCUCCUUAAUUCGCACUUGUACAAGCAAUGGCACAUGGAGUGGAGUAAUCCCAGCUUGUAAAGCUGUUACCUGCCCAACACCUCCCCAGAUCUCCAAUGGAAGGUUGGAAGGAACAAACUUUGACUGGGGAUUUAGCAUUAGCUAUGUCUGCUCUCCAGGCUAUGAACUCUCCUUUCCUGCUGUUUUGACUUGUGUUGGGAAUGGUACAUGGAGUGGUGAAGUACCUCAGUGCUUGCCAAAGUUUUGUGGUGACCCUGGAGUACCUGCUCAGGGAAAAAGAGAAGGCAAGAGCUUCAUCUAUCAGUCAGAAGUCUCUUUCAGCUGCAAUCCUCCUUUUAUUUUGGUUGGCUCCAGCACUAGGAUUUGUCAAGCAGAUGGCAUGUGGAGUGGAUCCUCUCCUCGAUGUAUAGAACCUACUCGCACAGCAUGUGAAAAUCCAGGAGUUCCAAGACAUGGAUCACAGAACAACACAUUUGGCUAUCAGGUAGGAAAUGUUGUUCAGUUUCAGUGUAAAAAAGGACACCUUCUCCAUGGCUCAACAACAAGAACUUGUCUUCCUGAUCUUACAUGGAGCGGAAUUCAGCCAGAAUGUAUACCUCACAGCUGUAAACAACCAGAAACGCCAACACACGCUAAUGUUGCGGGAAUGGAUCUUCCAUCACUUGGCUAUACCUUGAUUUAUACUUGUCAGCCAGGCUUCUUUCUGGCAGGAGGGUCAGAGCAUAGAGCCUGUAGAUCGGAUGGCACAUGGACUGGGAAAGUUCCAGUUUGUGAAGCUGGUUCCAAAAUAUUGGUGAAGGAUCCCAGACCAGCUUUGGGAACACCAAGUCCCAAACUAAGUGUUCCUGAUGAUGUAUUUGCCCAAAAUUAUAUAUGGAAAGGAUCUUACAAUUACAAAAGCAAGAAACAGCCUAUGACGUUAACAGUCACCAGUUUCAAUGCAACUUCAGGAAGAGUAAAUGCAACGCUUACCAACAGCAACAUGGAAUUGCUGCUUUCAGGAGUGUAUAAAAGCCAAGAAGCUCGGCUGAUGCUACACAUCUAUCUCAUUAAAGCACCCUCUCAUACUUCUGCAAGCAAGUUGAAAGAGGAAAAAUGGGCCAUGGAUGGUUUUGUUUCUGCGGAACCUGACGGAGCUACAUAUGUUUUUCAAGGAUUCAUCCAGGGUAAAGAUUAUGGGCAAUUUGGACUUCAGAGAUUAGGUCUUAAUAUGUCUGAGGGUUCAAAUUCUUCUAAUCAACCACAUGGUACAAAUAGUAGUUCAGUGGCCAUUGCUAUCCUUGUGCCUUUCUUUGCCCUUAUAUUUGCAGGUUUUGGCUUUUAUCUUUAUAAACAAAGGACUGCACCUAAAACACAGUAUACAGGAUGCUCUGUACAUGAAAAUAAUAAUGGACAAGCUGCUUUUGAAAACCCCAUGUAUGACACAAAUGCAAAGUCUGUGGAAGGGAAAGCUGUACGAUUUGACCCCAACUUGAACACUGUUUGCACAAUGGUAUAAUGUGGUAAUGAUAUAUCUUCAAAGUCUGGAAAUUGAAACACAACACAGUGCACAUAUAGUUCACUGA